GCCGCGCAGGGGCGCGCGCGUCCGUCGAGUGCUCGCGCGGGCUGGUGCGGCGCCGCUCGGGACUGCGGCCGCGGGGAGCGCGGCUGCAGCCUUCGCGAGGCCGGGAGGCGGCGAGCGGAGGGACGAGACGAGCAUCGAGCAAACUGGACAAAGGCACUUGCGUGGGUUUUGAAAAAUGUCUGAAGUUUAGUGGGCUCCAUCCACCUUCUGCCUUCUCCCCACCCUUUACAAAAGAAUAAAUGGGAUGUUCGAGAAGAGAGCUGUAUUAAAAGAAGAGCGUUGCAAAUGGCUUCAGAAUCUAUGAAUGCAAAACAAGCCAGGAAUCACUUCACAAAGGGGAAAAAGCAACAGCAGCAACAAGUGAAGAACAAAUCUUCAGUUAGUGAUGGUGCUGGAGAAGACUCCUUUAUCUUUGAAGCAAAUGAAGCUUGGAAAGACUUUCACAGUUCGCUUCUGCGGUUUUAUGAAAAUGGAGAACUCUGUGAUGUCACACUAAAGGUUGGCUCAAAGCUAAUCUCCUGUCACAAACUGGUGUUGGCAUGUGUUAUUCCCUACUUCAGAGCUAUGUUUCUCUCUGAAAUGGCUGAAGCCAAGCAAACACUCAUUGAAAUCAGAGAUUUUGAUGGUGACGCAAUAGAAGACUUGGUAAAGUUUGUCUAUUCUUCACGGCUCACUUUGACUGUGGACAACGUCCAGCCUCUCUUGUAUGCAGCCUGUAUUCUACAGGUUGAACUGGUGGCCAGAGCUUGUUGUGAAUAUAUGAAGUUACAUUUUCAUCCCUCCAAUUGCCUGGCAGUAAGAGCCUUUGCAGAAAGUCACAAUCGAAUAGACUUAAUGGACAUGGCGGAUCAGUAUGCCUGUGAGCAUUUUACUGAAGUAGUGGAGUGUGAAGACUUUGUAAGUGUGUCACCCCAGCAUCUCCAUAAGCUUCUGUCGUCUAGUGAUCUAAAUAUUGAGAAUGAAAAGCAGGUCUAUAGUGCAGCCAUCAAGUGGCUUCUUGCCAAUCCUCAGCAUCAUUCCAAAUGGUUGGAUGAAACACUUGCACAGGUUCGUUUGCCCCUCUUGCCAGUUGAUUUUCUUAUGGGUGUUGUGGCAAAAGAACAGAUUGUCAAGCAAAAUCUAAAAUGUAGAGACUUAUUGGAUGAAGCAAGAAAUUACCACCUUCACUUGAGCAGCAGAGCAGUACCUGACUUUGAAUACUCCAUUCGGACUACUCCAAGGAAGCAUACUGCUGGUGUGCUGUUUUGUGUCGGUGGUCGAGGUGGAUCUGGUGACCCGUUUCGCAGUAUUGAAUGCUAUUCCAUCAACAAAAACAGUUGGUUCUUUGGACCGGAAAUGAAUAGUCGCAGGCGACACGUGGGUGUAAUCUCUGUGGAAGGCAAAGUGUAUGCAGUGGGUGGACAUGAUGGGAGUGAACAUCUGGGCAGCAUGGAGAUGUUUGAUCCUCUCACCAAUAAGUGGAUGAUGAAGGCAUCAAUGAACACAAAGAGGCGAGGAAUUGCUUUGGCCUCCUUAGGAGGUCCAAUUUAUGCAAUUGGAGGGUUAGAUGACAAUACUUGCUUCAACGAUGUGGAGAGAUAUGACAUAGAAUCUGAUCAGUGGAGUACCGUGGCACCAAUGAAUACUCCCCGUGGAGGAGUUGGCUCUGUGGCUCUAGUAAACCAUGUUUACGCAGUAGGUGGCAAUGAUGGAGUAGCUUCUUUAUCUAGUGUGGAGAGGUAUGAUCCACAUCUGGAUAAGUGGAUAGAAGUUAAGGAAAUGGGUCAGCGAAGAGCAGGCAAUGGAGUUAGUGAGCUGCAUGGUUGCUUGUACGUUGUUGGUGGUUUUGAUGAUAAUUCUCCUCUGAGUUCAGUUGAGCGAUACGACCCUCGAAGCAACAAGUGGGAUUAUGUAGCAGCACUUACCACUCCCAGGGGUGGAGUGGGCAUCGCGACAGUGAUGGGCAAGAUCUUUGCAGUUGGCGGUCAUAAUGGCAAUGCCUACUUAAAUACAGUAGAAGCGUUUGAUCCAGUGCUGAAUAGGUGGGAGCUGGUUGGAUCCGUGUCUCACUGCAGAGCUGGAGCAGGUGUAGCUGUGUGUGCCUGUUUAACUAGCCAAAUUCGAGAUGUAGGUCAUGGAUCCAAUAAUGUGGUUGACUGUAUGUGAUUUGAGUUCCAACAGUUUAGUCAUAUCUGAUAGGCAAAAAAGACAAUCAGGAUUUUGUAUGACCACCUUUGAACAGUUUUAGCUACUACUAGAGUCUUGUUUAAAUGGAAACUGUUAUAUUGUGAUUAACUGCAACUUUUGGAAUGGUAGCUAAAGAAUUAUUAGUAAUAAAGUUAAAUUUGAUGCUUCCCACUUUAGAAAUAAUGGAGUAGGGAGGAAGACCUUCUAAGCUGAAACCAUACCUCCUCCAAAAAAUGUUUAAAGUAGUGCCAGAAUCUUGAAAUCCCUUUUUAAAAAAUGUGUGGAUGAAUCAAAAUAUAAAAUGGAGUCAUUUGCCGAGUUUUACCUUUUCUUUUGCCUAAAAGUGUUAACCUCAGGCAGUGAAUCUUUCCUAGAGAGGAGAUGAGAACCUGCUCGUCAAUACAAGGAUGUCAACACAAGGAUGUAGGACAGAGAAGAGACCUGCUCCUUUCAGAGAUCAUUUCUACUUGGUGCUGAUGAAUUUAUGCCUUGCAUUUUUCUAGGUGUUGAUUUUUCAAUUUCUUGGAUAUUUACGAAGGUAGAAAUAAUGUUUCCUCUUUCCCAGUGCCACCGGGCUGCGUUGUCAGCUUGUAGGAGUGCUGUAAGAAGCCCUUAACACAGCUUGAAUUGUUAGGACACCAAAAGACCUAGCGGAACUCAUUCCAUCCCAACAAAUCUCAACUUAUUUUUUCAUCUCAUGCGAAAAGAGUUUGUUUCAUAAUAAGCAAGAACUGAACCAGAGGAAGUAUUCGAGGAGAAGGCUUUAGAGCUGAUGUUGUUCCAGUGCCCGGUCGAGAGGCGUUGAGAGGGAAUGGUGCCGAUUACGUGACUCCUCAAUGAGGGCAAUCUGAAAUUAUGUUUAACACUCUUCUUUGAUUUAGUCAUUUGAUUUCAAACCCAAGAUGUAUUACCUUUCUAUUUUGCCGUUUGCGAACCAUCCUGGUUUUUCUAACUGUACAGAGUCUGGAUUUAUUUAUUAUCAGAAAAUGAAUGCAUUUUUACAAAAACCCUUCAUAGACUGUUCUUUACUGAUUACUUCAAGUUCAUCGGUACCAGUAGAAGAUAUUGUUGGUCGAAACAGAAUGAUUGAAGCUGCUGCUGUCCUUUUAUUCAGUCCUCUCUGGUUUAUCUAUUGAACUUUAGGUGAAAAUAUUUCUGUACGUUAAUUUGAAGCCAGGAUAUUUACACACCUACUGAUUUAAUAACUCUUCUUGAUUUUAACCAGCAUUAUAAACUGGUCUGUUCAUUAUGUGUAUAUAUUUUUAUAAAUAUUUAUGAAGAAUGGUAAAAUAUUCUAUUUUGCAUUUGUAAUGUAGUUGGGUACCUCUCUUCCAGGCUUUCCUAAAUUUCCCUUUAGUCUUGGUUAGAAUGUAGUGCAGUUCACUGCUGGGCAGUCAUCUGGUUCACAAGCACGCUGGGGUGGUGAAGAACACUACCCCAUCCAGCCCUCCCUGAAGUUCAUUGCCUAGUAGCUCUGAUGGUUCUCAUUCACUGGCAGCCUGGGCUUGUCAGUACGCUAGGACAGAAAGCCACAUUACAAAAGCCAGGGCCUAUUGGGUAUAUUAGACCCAGAAAAAGAAAAAGAAAAUAUUCUCAGAAGGCCCAGGCCAGCAAGUAAAAAAGGUCUUUCAUGGAGCAGAUUUAAAAGUUCCCGAAUUAGGCCAUUGUUUGCUGUCAGCCUAUGGGCACGUUCAGAGGUCAUUGCUGCAUCUGAACCAGUGUUCUCUUGUAAAAUUAGACCCAUAUUUCAGUCCAUCCCAAAUGCACUUAACUCUGUAGAACUCACUGGCUGGGUGUAGAGAGUAAGUCUCAAAACCUGGCUUCAACUGUCGGUUUCUCAUGUCUAGUGGAGUUCUUGUGUUAUAAGCUUGUCUAGUUGUGGUUACUGGAUGUUUGUUAUAUUUAUUUUGGUAAGGGAAAUGUCUUCAUCUUAUUGUUUCCAAGAUUAUAUAAAAUCUUUUUUUCUUUAACAUAUUUCUGCCUUUGUUGUAUGUAUAGAUUUUAGGGGCAUAAAGGUAUUACAUUGCUGUUUCCGGUUUUUACUACACGGUAGUCAUCUAACAUACUAAGUUAGUACCCUAGCUACCCAUAAAAUAUGAACUCCUUAUAAGUAAAGUAAAGUAAAGUAAAGGGAUCCUGUGCUGUCUGUACAUUAUGUGUGAGCAGUCGGAAGCAUUGCCUUCACGGACUUGACAAUGGUGUGAAAAGACAAAUAGUGGAAUCAAUAUGCAGUCUCUUUAUUGAAAACACUUUCUUUGAGAUAUGAAUGAGAAUCAGGCUGAAGAAGUCAUGCACUUGAGAGGUGAUUAUGUUCAUAGGAAUGAAGAAAUGAAAUGUUCAAAGAAGUAGCUUCUUAAUUGUGAGGGCUGUCACUUCAACCUCAGAUGUUAAUAGCGCCUACCAAACAGUGACAUAAGAUAAAGCUAAAAUUUUGAAAUUGUAAAUGGAAAAAAGAAAAGGUGAAAAUUUUGUGUAUUGUUUCUUCAAGAAAUAUUUCUAGGUGCUUAUGUUUGAUUGUCCCAUAUGAUCAUGAAAGCUACUGCUUACUGUAUUGCACUGCCCCUUUAAGAACAAAUUUCUUCUUAUUGUUUUUGGCUAAUUUUACUGUGUUCUGUGUAACUCAUCAUUUUUUAAAUGUUAGUGUAAACUUAGUACUCCCUCUAAGGAGUAUUAUUUAUUCUCUUAAUUCCCAAAUGAAUUUCGAACUUAAAAUGCUAUUGAAUGCCUAGAUAAGAGAUUGUUGAAAUUGCAUAAACUACUCUUGCAAAUGAUAAACUUGAGAAUUUUCUUUGUUCCUUUUUUCUCCAUCUCUUAUAAGAGAAUGCAUUUAAAAUCUAAUUCAUGGCUUAUCAAUUAAGAAUGUUUUCUGUGGUUUCUCAUAUCAGACUUUUAAAGAAAUUGGUAUUGGGAUGUCGUUGGCUCUGUCUCUUUUUCCCCUUUAUGUGAAGUUACAAGUGGCAAUAAAAUUUCUCUGUAAUA